GAUUCGCCAGCGGUGACAGGCUGUAUGCAAAACCAAAAUCGCACCCUGACUGAUGCACCACAGUUUCACUCAGCAAUACGAACAGUCGGGAAAGGAAGAGACAACAGACAAUGGAAGACACUGCCCGGUCUAUCACAGGCAAAAUGUGCGUGAGAUGGUUGUGCCUCUGUGCCCUAAUCAUCGCUGCCCUCCUCUCUGUCCCCACUGCCGAUGGAGUGCCCAUUAGCCCCAACAACAAGGCUGUCAGCAGCUCACUGGAUUUUGCCGUUGAAUCGUUCAACAGCUUCUCAGAGGACGAUCACCUCUUCAAAGUAGGAAGGAUCUUGUCCUCGCAAUAUCAGGACAUGGGCGGAAUAUUGUACAUCCUCGACGUUGAACUGGCGAAGACGGAAUGCAGGAAGGGAGCUGGUGAGGACCUGAGACAGUGCCCCAUAAUGAUGGGAGGCUCCACGGUCCUCUGCCAUUUUCAAGUUCUGGACACGUUCUGGCGUUCCCAGAAAAGCCUUCUGAAAUCCGAGUGCGUCCAACGGGAGACGAGCACAGAACAUCUAUCGGGAAAUCUCGCCUCAACUGCCCAGGCCUGAUGGAUUCCAGAAAGCCAACACUGGGUUCCCACCUCUUCCAAUCGAUCACAACAAUGAGGACCCCAGGCAUCUUCUGCCCGUCAAGACUGCUGCUCUUCAUCCUUUCCAGACCUAUAGCUCUGAUUCCCUUCUCCCAAAUCUUUUCUGCAUCUUCUCUAUUGCAGUCAUUGGUGAGAAGGGAGUAGCAUAUUAGACUGCUCCAUAGAGUGGUGCGUAACACAACUUCCACUCUUUCAUCUGUCCCACUUCUGGAGAUAAACGUCUGCCUUCUCUGUGGCCAUUUAAUUUGUGGUGCUUGUCCUCAGGUGUAAUUCUGCUUGCUCAAUAAACCAAUAGUUUUAUUGCAAAAUAA